UCGCGCUGUCGAUUGUGAUUUGUUGACUAGUCUUGAUUAAAUAACAUGAACCUGGAUCGAGUGCGUGCGGUAGUACGCGAGUAGUAUCAAACGGGAUUCCCGUUGUCAUUAGAGUUUCUCCCAUACUGCUUUGGUAGUGUUAAAAGCGUUAAAAAUGGACGAGUUCCUGUCCCGUCUAUUCUCUUCAGAAAAACAGGAACUCUACACGCUGGACCUGUUAGCCUACACCACAGUUUUCUUUGCAGUCUGCACAUUUUUUACCACGCUUUUUGAAAACAUUCCAUACGGCCGAUAUGCAAGCAGUAGAUAUGGAUUUCCGGUCAGUGUUAAAUUCGCCUGGUUCGUUCAGGAGCUGCCUGCCAUUCUUGUACCUGUGUGUCUGCUGUUUUGGACAAGGUGUUCCAAAGCGUCGCUGCUGCCCAACCAGAUACUCAUAGCAAUGUAUAUGUGUCAUUAUGUUCAGAGAUCCCUCAUUUAUCCAUUUUUAAUCCGAGGAGGUAAACCGACACCGUGCAUCUCAUUUAUACUGGCCUUUGUGUUCUGCACCUAUAAUGGCUACAUGCAGAUCAGGUACCUGAGCCAUUACUCUGAGUACACAGCGUCUUGGGUUACACAUCCCUGUUUCAUUACUGGAUCUGUCCUGUGGUUGGCUGGCUGGCUGGUGAAUGUGCAUUCUGACUACAUCCUGAGGAACCUGAGGAAACCUGGGGAGACUGGGUACAAAAUUCCCACUGGUGGGAUGUUUGAGUACGUGUCAGGAGCCAACUUCUUAGGAGAGAUUACGGAGUGGGCAGGUUUCGCUCUGGCAUCUCAAUCUAUCCAAAGUUUAUCUUUUGCCUUCUUCACUGCCGUGGUCCUCAGCAGCAGGGCCGUGUCCCACCACAAGUGGUAUCUUGCAAAGUUCGACGACUACCCUAAAAACAGAAAGGCUCUGAUACCGUUCCUUUUCUAAGAAUCGCUCCUUGAACCAGAGCCAUCGUUGGGUAUCGUUGUUCCACAGCGAGGAAGUACAGCCCUAACAGGAAUGUCUGUUUUUGAGUCAACAAGCAAACCCACAACAAUGACUUGAUUCACUGUUAAAGGAUGGAUGAACCUAAAAACUGUUGAAGACAACAGUGUUGUGUAACGGAGUGAGCAUCAACUGAGGUCCUCAUGGUUUUACUGAAAAUUAUGAUGAUGAUAAUUGUUGUUGUUGAUGAUGAGUCUAAGUAAAUAACUCUGAAUAU